CGUGACUAUCGAACAACGCACUGGACCGGACCUGCCAGCGCGAACGAACCAGCAGAAGAAACGACACAAAUCUCCAAGGUCCGUCAAGAGAGAGGAUCCCAAUCAAUCUCGGGUCAGAUUGGUAGCAAUUUCAAGAACCCGGCCGACGCCUGUGUAAACACAUAAUACGAGCUUCUGCCAAUUUCUCUGCCCCUCUUUGCAUCCUUUUUUCCCCCUCCCCUUCGACGACGACCACCCGUCUUUGACUGCAUACUCGAAACCCUUUUUUUCGCCUCUGAGGAAUUACAAAGAUAGUAUCCGCAGCGAGGAAUAGGCGGGAAUUACGCACUCAGAAUUCGCCUCAAUUCCACGAGAUUGCCCUUUCUGGAAGCUCAUCUGGACCAACAUCCCUGUUGGUGAUCCAAGAUCCGGUUAGAGACACACUGCGUGCGCUCUUGCUCUCCCGUCCCCUGGCCAACCUUGGAUCCCGUCCCUGUUCCCAGCUUUGGGCCUGACAUGACCCUGGAACCUGGUCCCCCUUCCGGCCGCCAAAGUGACCCGACAACUCCAAGGCCCCAUCUCCCAACUGGAUUCCGGUCCUUAUCCCAAACACUUCACGCCUCCCCUUGGGACACCGGUGAAUAGUCUUGACCCUUUCCCCGACGUCUUCUGGUGCAACUGGAACACGCGCCUCAAGCAGAGAUACACCAUGGCUUCCGUCACCUCGCUGGACAAGGACCUGCGCAAGCUGCGCGCCGAAAAGUACACGCCCCAGGCCGCCGGCGAGGCAAAGUCCUGGAUCGAGUCCGUCAUCGGCGAGAAGCUGCCCCAGCCCGAUUUGCUCGAUGCCCUCAAGGAUGGCGUCGCUCUGUGCAAGCUCGUCAACAAGGUGCUGCCACCACCCGGCGUCAAGUUCAAGCAGUCGGCCAUGCCCUUCGUCCAGAUGGAAAACAUCUCCAUCUUCCUGCGAUCGUGCAAGGCCCCGCCGCUGAACCUGCUCGAGCACGACGUUUUCCUGACGGUCGAUCUCUACGAGCGCAAAGACCCCGCACAGGUACUUCAGUGUAUCGGUGCUUUUAGCCGGGCUGCCAACGCCGCCAACCCCGAGGCAAUCCCGACUGUGAUCGGUCCCAAAGUCAAUGCUCACAACACCGCCAAGGUGAUCAGUCCCCAGCCCACUGGUGGCGGCCCCUUGAAGAGCCCCGGUCUUCCUGCGCGCAACACCUCGACCGCCAGCAAUGCCACCGUUUCAUCCUUCAGCUCGUCCUUUGGGUCGUCUCUCCAACCCACGGCAUCGCCCUUGGUUGCGCAGAAGACGGGAGGUUCGGUCACGAGCAGCAGAUGGGGUGCCAAGUCUCCAACCCUCAGUGCCACCACUCCCUCGGUCUCGGGGAGCGUCAGCAGCUGGAGCAACAAGAACCACGAGGGCACCACGUCCCCGGCCUGGAACAUUGCCCAGUAUGGGUACAUGGGCGGUGCGAGUCAAGGCACCAUGGGCGUUUCUUUCGGCGGUCGUCGGCAGAUCACUACUGCUGCCCCGCACGUGCCUAGCGCACAAGAAAAGGAGCGAAAGCGCAAGGAGGCCGAGGCCGAGGCGGAACGCAAGCGCGUGGAGGAGGAACAGCGGAAGAAGGCUGAGAUGGAGGCUGCGGAGGAGCGCGCUCGUCAGCAAGAGGAACGCAGGUGGGAGGAGGAGACCCGGAAGGCCCACGAAGAGGAGCGCAAGCGGCUCGAGGAGGAAAAGCGGCGUUGGCAGGAGGAGGAACGUCAGUGGAAGCUUGACCAGGAGAGGCGACGCAAGGAGGAAGAGGAGGCCGAGCGGCGACUGCAAGCCGAGCUGAAACAGGAGGAGGAGAGGAAGCGCGCCGCCGAGAAGCAAGUACAGCACCAGGCCCAGACCCAUACCCGCGAGAGGAGCGAUCCCCGGCUGCGCGGUCAGCUACUCAGCCAUUACCAGGCCGAAGAGUCCCGAGACAAGGAGCGGAUAAGAGAGCUCGAGCGGGAACUUGAGAAGGCCCGGAGGCGGGAGGCCGAGUACGAGCGCGAGCGCCAGGAACGCUCCCGUCGCCUCGGCGUCAGCAGCGGCGACGACUCGGACGAGAAGCAGCGCUCGCACAGCCGCCCUGCUCGGCCCAUCAGCAGGCAGGAUUCGUGGAAGCCGCGCGACGAGCGGCGGUUCUCUAGCAGACCUCCGUCGCCUCUGGUGCAAGACAUCCUAGACGGCUACCUCGACAGCCCCAUCCGCUCCCCACGCGCAAGCCUCUCUCCGCGCCCGCUACCCGACCCCACCUCACCGUCCAGGCCGCUCCCGAUCCCAGCGAACCCCAUGCUCUCGCCGCCUCAGAAGCUUACUGCUCAGCGAACGGGCGGCAAGGAGAACAACGGUCUAGGCCCCGCCCUCCCCAUCCGUCCCAACCAUACCGGCAGCAACCGCCCCCCGGCAACCCGCGGGCAACAAGCCGUCACCCCGACUCAACCCCAACCCCACGUCGGCAACAACAACAACAAAUCCCCCUUUAGCAAGCCUCGCUCUCCUUACUCGCCCACCCAAAAGACCGGCGGAGCAGGAGGUUUUGCUGCUCUCUCCCUCCUCGAGCGGGAGAUGGAGCUCGAGCGCCAGCGUCAGCGCGAGUGGGAGGAGGCGCAGCAGGAGACGGCCAAGGCGGUCCGUUCGGAUGACGGAGUCAACGGAAUCGGCGGAGGUAUCGGUGGACGGUGGGAUGUCGGCCAGUGGGCUGGGUUUACCGGUGGUGAUUCGCAGAAUCGGGGGAGCCAGGGGAUUGGGGCGGGAAAGAGGCCGAUUGUAGGGCCGAGGCCUUUGCCUAACUUGCCGCACUAGAUUUGGGUUAUGAGGGCGGAGGACAAUGGCGGCGCAUGGAAGAAGACAAAGAGGGUUGAUUAGAGAUAAAAAAAAAAGGGGGAGGAAUACGAAGAGGGAGAGAGAGGGAGUGGAAGAAAGAGUAUACCCAAAUAGUUUUUCCUCGUUUGUAACUGCUUUAUGGUUUGGCAGCAGGUUGGCAGGUUGGCUGGUCGGCAGGUUGGGGCAGUCUGUGAAAGUAUUGCAUUUGUCAUUUGCAAUAAUUUGCGGCGAUCAGAAAAGUAAAAGGAAAUGGUUGUCUUGUCUUUCUUUCUUUUUUUUUUUUUUUUUUUUUUCCCUCUUUGUUUUUUCUCUUUUUUAUUAUUACUGUUUUUUUUAUUUAUAUCUCCAGGGAAACAAAAGGGAACAACGAUGGUUUUGAGGGUUUCGAUCGUCGUUCAUUAGCAGCUGCUGGCUCGGUUCCAUCCGCAUCCGCAGUUGAGGUAAUAAGGUUAGGUCAGGUUAGGUUAGGUUAGGUUUUAGACCAAGGCGAUAGGAAAUGUUCUACCAAAAUAUGUGUGC